GCUUCAGACCCUUCGCGCAAUGUGACGACGCCCCCUCGCUCUCCUCCAGAGUUUAUUGAUAAGGAGUUCUUCGACCGAGAGACUCUGGAGGUCUCAACAAAGAAGGGCACCUCCAUCUUGGUCGCCACCCUCAACCCUAUGGAGCAUAUGAGAGGAUUGACGCCUUCGAGCGAUAGGUCUCUGCUCGCUCGAAUGGAGGAUGACAUCCUCGAGUCCAGGAUCCUUCUGAAUAGCGCCUCUGGCUGUAUUGGCCUAUGCGAGCACCUCCGGAGGGUCAAGCAGCUGAGGAAGGCCAAGAUUGCUGCGGACGAGGCCUUGAAGAAGCUUGAUGAAGAGAAUGCCAG